GGCAUUGCAGGCGACGGAACGAAAAUUGGUCGCGUUGACAGGUGAAAAGGCCAAAUAAAAUAAACAAUCGCUGCAGCACAACAUAAUUUCGUCGGAUUAAAUAGUGCCACAUUCGAGUAUUACGCAUACGCCGGGUGUUACGGAAUUCGGGUUUGCUGAGUAACUCGGGCGAAUCGCUGCAAAAUGGCUGCGAUGCAGUCUGGCGGAAGACCCCGUGAACGGCUGCUUUACGCUUUCCGUGGAUGGAUAGCAUUCGUGGCCUUCAUGGACUUGGGCACGGCUUUCCGUAGCUACAUAGAGAGAAGGAGCUUCCUGGGGGACCACAGUGAUACCCAGUUUAUAGAGGGUGACUACACCAUUUCGCGCAUUAUCGGAAUGUACUGUCUGCUCAAGGCCAUCGCCCUUGUCCACUGCACCCUCUACAUCCACUACAGGCCGGUCGUGAGCAUGGGCGGCUGCUCCUUAGCUCUUACCAUGGUCUUCUAUGCCACAGAGGCGCUCUAUUUCCGCUCCAGCACCAUUAACUUUUACGUGAUCUUCCCUUGCGUGCUAAAUUCUAUAACUCUCCUGGGCCUUAUAUAUAUUCCCAAGCGACUGCGGCUCUGGGAGCCAAAUAUGGAUCUCGAUGACGAAAACUCGCAGCUCCUGAAGCAGAUGACUGGUUUCAAGAGACGACGUGCGAAAAAACAAUAAUUAAAUAUUUGAGAAAUGUGAAAAGAAAUCUAAGUAGAGGCAGGAAGCUAAAACAGCUUCCGACAGCACAGUAUUGUGGAGGGAUGGCAAAUUUUCCGCUUUGGACUGCAUUGGUGUGAUAGGAAUGGCAUCAAGUUCAUCAUUAUAUACUUAAUAGCAAUACUGAAAACAACGCCAAAUUAGUGAUUUUCUAUGAACUAGGUACGAAAAGGACGCGAUAGUCCCGGAAUAAGUCAAUUUCUGGCAUAAUCACUUCAAGACAUAUGUUGAACUUCCUUUUUAUAAAUCAUAUUUAUAUACAUUUAAAAAUGUAUAGCACGAUAGAGUUUUUGCACUUUUAAGAGUUGAGAAUCGAUAUUAGGAAUUAUUCAAAAUUAUCAGAGUUAGCACCCGGGUUAAACAAUUCAAAUCGAAAGGCUUUAAAUUUACAAAUAAGUUUAUAAUCCUCUAAUUUAGUGGUUACGUUGGAUUUUUCCAUUACAUAUGUAUACGAUUAUCAAUUUAUGGAACAUGCUUCCGGCUCCCUAAGAUUAAGCAAACGCAUAGUUGAACAUUUUAUACUCAUCACAUAUGAUUAAAAGUUAUAUAUAUACAUAGAAUCAAUAAUAGUUUUGUACGCAUUAUGUAGAGUAUGUUUGAAUAAAAAUUUGAAUUUCAAAAAAAA